AUGAGACUUGGGCCCUCCUCGCCAGUAGCCAUAGGGGCGCGCCAUCUUGACAUGCCACUCGAUCAUAUCGGCAAGCCUGCCAACGGAGGCACAGACCCACUCGCCAAUUAUAACGAUGGAAGGAAAGCUGUGCAAGGACCUGGCGCAAUAUCACAGAAAAAAUUGCCAUCAUACCCCGGUCUUGACCGUUGGGAACUUUUGGAUUUAUUGGGUACGGGAGCAUUUAGCAACGUCUAUCGAGCCUCCGACCGCGAGAACAAGGAGAACAAAGUCGCAGUCAAGGUCCUGAGGAAGUUUGAAAUGAAUGAGCAACAGAAAGGAAAUGUCAAAAAGGAGAUCGAAAUUAUGCGACAAUUGAACCAUCCCAAUGUAUCCGAACUUAUCGACUGCAUCGAAACGAAUCAGUACUGCCACAUCAUAAUGAAACUUAGUUCCGGUGGGGAAUUGUUCAAUCAGUUGGUCAAACUUACCUACUUGAGUGAGGAUUUGGCCAGACACGUCAUUCAACAAGUUGCAGAGGCGGUUCUGUACCUUCACCAAACGCUUGGAGUUGUCCACCGAGACAUCAAACCAGAAAAUAUCUUGUUCGAGUCCAUACCGAUGAAGCCUAGCAAAACUCCGAGGCCCACACUUGCCGGAGAGGAAGACAAACUUGACGAAGGAGAUUUCGUGCCCGGUGUGGGUGGAGGAGGAAUCGGGGUUGUCAAACUGGGAGACUUCGGCUUGUCUAAAAUAAUUGCCGGCGUUCCAACUGCAACACCAUGCGGCACGAUGUCAUAUGCAGCACCUGAAAUAGUGCGCGAUGAAAAGUAUACGACCGAAGUGGAUAUGUGGGCAAUUGGAUGUGUAUUAUACACACUUUUAGCCGGUUACCCGCCUUUCUACGACCCCGAUACAAAGAUCUUGAUGAAGAAGGUUGCAAAGGGGCAGUACACCUUUGAUUCGCCUUGGUGGAAUGACAUAUCCAAUGACGCCAAAGACAUCGUUUCAAGACUUUUGACCGUGAACACGAAUGAGAGAUUGAAUAUUGAAGAAUUCCUUGCCCAUCCCUGGAUUACUCAGCCUGGCAAGAUGGACGAAUCCAAGGAGUCCAGUGGUACAUCUACAAACACCCACGAUAGUAAUGAGGACACGAAAACCACCGCCAACUCAAACGUACCGCCCGAAGACGCUAUACGAGAAUCGCGCGUGGAAGCACGAACGCCUGGUUUCAUGAAUGUACGAGAGCUUUUUGAUGUCGUGUUCUCAGCACACCAGCAUGAACAAGACGAAAAACAAAAGCAAUCACCCGAAGCGAAUUUCAUCGCGGCCACUGAGCACAGAGAGUCAAGCGAGGAAAGCAUCCACGAUAAGCUUGAUAUUGAAAACAGCGUAUUGCUCCAGAAGCGAGAGGCUCGAAAAAAGGAGUGA